UACCAGGCCCAGGCCAUGGUGGACAUCGUGAGGGCACUGGGAUGGAACUAUGUGUCCACACUGGCCUCCGAGGGCAACUAUGGCGAGAGCGGGGUUGAGGCCUUUGUGCAGAUCUCCCGGGAGGCUGGGGGGGUCUGCAUUGCCCAGUCCAUCAAGAUUCCCAGGGAACCGAAGCCAGGAGAAUUCAAUAAGGUGAUCAAGAGGCUCAUGGAGACGCCCAACGCCCGGGGCAUCAUCAUCUUUGCCAAUGAAGAUGACAUCAGGAGGGUCCUGGAGGCCGCAAGCCAGGCCAACCUGACAGGUCACUUCUUAUGGGUCGGCUCAGACAGCUGGGGAGCCAAGACCUCUCCCAUCCUGAACCUGGAGGACGUGGCUGUGGGGGCCAUCACCAUCCUGCCCAAAAGAGCUUCCAUAGAUGGAUUUGACCAGUACUUCAUGACCCGCUCCCUGGAGAACAACCGUCGGAACAUCUGGUUUGCCGAGUUCUGGGAGGAGAAUUUUAACUGCAAGCUGACCAGCUCAGGUACCCAGUCAGACGACACCACCCGCAAAUGCACAGGCGAGGAACGCAUCGGCCGGGACUCGACCUACGAGCAGGAGGGGAAGGUGCAGUUUGUGAUCGACGCUGUGUACGCCAUUGCCCACGCCCUCCACAGCAUGCACCAGGCGCUCUGCCCCGGGCUCACUGGCCUGUGCCCCGCGAUGGAGACCACCGAUGGGCGGAUGCUGCUGCAGUAUAUUCGAGCUGUCCGCUUCAAUGGCAGCGCGGGGACCCCCGUGAUGUUCAACGAGAACGGGGACGCGCCGGGGAGAUACGACAUCUUCCAGUACCAGGCGGCCAACGGCAGCGCGGGCAGCGGCAGCUACAAGGCGGUGGGCCAGUGGGCAGAGACCCUCAGGCUGGACGUGGAAGCCCUCCAGUGGUCGGGGGAGCCCCGCGACGUGCCCGCGUCCCAGUGCAGCCUCCCCUGCGGGCCGGGUGAGCGGAAGAAGAUGGUGAAGGGCGUGCCCUGCUGCUGGCACUGCGAGCCGUGCGACGGGUACCGCUUCCAGGUGGACGAGUUCACGUGCGAGGCCUGCCCCGGGGACAUGCGGCCUACGCGCAACCACACGGGCUGCCGGCCCACGCCCGUCGUGCGUCUCAGCUGGUCCUCGCCCUGGGCCGCGCCGCCCCUGCUGCUGGCCGUGCUGGGCAGCAUGGCCACCACCACCGUGGUGGCCGCCUUCGUGCGUCACAACAACACGCCCAUCGUCCGGGCCUCGGGCCGCGAGCUCAGCUACGUGCUGCUCACCGGCAUCUUCCUCAUCUACGCCAUCACCUUCCUGAUGGUGGCCGAGCCCGGGGCGGCCGUGUGCGCGGCCCGCCGGCUCUUCCUCGGCCUGGGCACCACGCUCAGCUACUCGGCCCUGCUCACCAAGACCAACCGCAUCUACCGCAUCUUCGAGCAGGGGAAGCGCUCCGUCACGCCCCCGCCCUUCAUCAGCCCCACCUCGCAGCUCGCCAUCACCUUCAGCCUCACCUCGGUGCAGGUGGUGGGAGUGAUGGCAUGGCUGGGGGUCCAGCCCCCACACAGCGUGAUCGACUAUGAAGAGCAACGGACAGUGGACCCAGAGCAGGCCAGAGGGGUGCUCAAGUGCGACAUGUCGGACCUGUCCCUCAUCGGCUGCCUGGGCUACAGCCUCCUGCUCAUGGUCACAUGCACGGUAUAUGCCAUCAAAGCCCGUGGCGUGCCUGAGACCUUCAACGAGGCCAAGCCCAUCGGUUUCACCAUGUACACCACCUGCAUCAUCUGGCUGGCUUUUGUGCCUAUCUUCUUUGGCACCGCCCAGUCAGCUGAAAAGAUCUACAUCCAAACCACCACACUGACUGUGUCCUUGAGCCUGAGUGCAUCAGUGUCCCUCGGCAUGCUCUAUGUGCCCAAAACCUACGUCAUCCUGUUCCACCCGGAGCAGAACGUGCAGAAGCGGAAGCGGAGCCUCAAGGCGACCUCGACAGUGGCAGCCCCACCCAAGGGCGAGGACACAGAGGCCGCCAAGUAG